AUGUCUUCCUCGGAAUUCCUCACCCCCUCCUUUGUGGGCGGCUGGGCUACGGUCCUCGCCAUCGCCGGCACCAUUGGCUACAACUAUUACCAGAAGCAGAAGCCCGUCAGCGCGCCCUCCAAGACCACCCAGGUGCCUUGGAGCCCUCCAAAGAAGGGCAACCGCGCCAAGAAGCAGCGUCAGGAGGCCUACGCCACGGCUGCCCAGAACGCACCCCGUGACGAGACACCACGUGACAACUCUGCUGCAACGAUCUCGAAGAAGAAAGAGCGUGACGAGGAUGCCGACAACAAGGCGUUUGCGAGACAAAUGUCUGGUGUCCAGGAGGGCGUCAAGUUCACCGGCAAGAAGGCGGAUGCCGGCAAGAAGAGCAAUAAGCAGAAGCCCCUGCCGAGGAGUCAUCUUCUUCCAACGCCGAUGCCGAUGACGACCGCUCCCCUGUGGUCAAGACUGCUGACGGCAAGCGGCGUCAGCGACAUGCUCGAGCCCUCUGCUCCCGGCCCUUUCGUCCUUCGUCUCACCGACACGGAUAAGCAGAAGUCCAAGCCCAAGGUCGCCAAGGCUGCCGAGCCCGUCGAGACAAAGAAGCAGCGUCAGAACCGCCGCAAGGUAGAGGAGCGCAAGGCCGUCCGUGAGGAGGAGGAGAAGCUGCGCAAGAUUGCCAUGGAGAAGCAGCGCCGCGGUGCCCGCCAGGCCGCCGGCAUCCCUGCCAAGGACGGUUCCCAGUUCAUGGCCGCCACCAACGGCGGCAAGUCUGCCUGGAAGGCCGGCAGCCAGCAGGAGGGCCAGAAGGAGACGAUUGACGUCCAGCCCCUCGACACCUUCGAGACGACGACCACCAACGGCACCGCCGCCAGUGUCGCUCCCGCGCAGAACAAGCAGACCGAUGGCUGGAAGGCCUCGGCCCUGUCCGAGGAGGAGCAGAUCGAGCUGAUCAAGGAGGAUGACGAGUGGGCCACUGUCCCUACCAAGUCGUCCAAGAAGGCCAAGAAGUCCCCGGGCAGCGACACGGAGGCCGCGCCCGCUCCCCCCAGCGCUCCCCCCAAGGAGGCCAGGCCCGUUCCCCAGCCCAUCGUCAACAAGAGCAACUCGGCCAAGGCCAGCCAGUCUUACGGCUCCUUCUCCGCUCUGUCUUCCAAGGUCGACGACAACGCCCAGGAGGAGGAGACCGAGUGGGACGUCUAA